GCUCGAGAGCUUACAGUGCUGGGCUCUGUUGUGCUGUUCCUGCUGUGUCGCACUGGGUCCAUGUGAGUGGACUCGUUUCGACGACAGCAAUGGACAGGCUUCACAAAUCGUCGCCUGCCCGUCUCACAAUCACCAUUCUACUACUUGCCUCGUCGACGCUGGCCGCCGAUGGCAAGCCGUCUCUAUGGCAUAUCUCCAUAUGGAAUAGUCCAGCACCACCAGCAGACCAAGGGCCGGCGUUCUCGAGGAAUGCAACUCGCAACAUGUCCCUGCUGCCUAUCCAGGCAUGCUGUAUCGUUGCAGCAUACUUGUUCAGUGUGUUGACCUUCGGCAUGGCGUUGCUGCUUGUCGGUCGCCGUCUGCGACGGGCAGCUGAAGCGUCUGGCAGCACUCUGGGCGUUGAGAUGGUCAAGCGCGCAGUAGCUCUACCGUUUGAAUCAUCGCCCCUGACGCCUAGCAAACCGGGCUUCGAGGCCUCGCCUGUAUCGAUCGAAACCCGCACUACGGCCACUUGGCCCAGUCCAGAUAAGCAAUCCGUUGGCGACAAUUUCUCGUGGCCCAACGGGCACAGGCAACAGGGCAGCGUUGUUACAUUUGACAAGAGCGUGAUCGAAAACGAUAUGGCCCAACGCGAGCAAGAACUUGAACGUCUAUACGCGGCAGUCAUGGAUUUUGACCAGCAGCGCGCUGUUGGUAAUACACCCUCUCCUGGCGGGAACACAGCAACUACGCAUUUGCCUACUUUGGGCUCACUUCAACCGCCGCCGCCACCGCCAAAGAUUGCUGUUCCCAAACCACCUGUGCGAAAGCACGCCAAAUCCAAUUCUCGGACAAGUCGACUCAGCCGGCAAUCUUCGAUGGCGUCGACAUCAAGCAAACGCAAGGGCAGCGUGCGAGGUUUGACAAUCUCGAGUCCUAUCUCGGCAGUGUCUUCGUCAGACGGAUACUCUCCGUAUGUUAGUGGAGAUGAGAGUGAUUUGAUCCCGCUGCGUCCGCCAUCGAGUCCCCCCGUUCCGCACCUGCAGCGCCUGCACCAUGCAUCGGCCUCCUCGACGCUGCCGCCACCACCACCACCAUCGCAACCCGGAGUAAUAGCCCAGCCAGAACUUCCGAAGCGGUCCCUUGGGUCGCCGUUGGAGCAGUCAUGGUCGCUGCCGUCUUCAGGAGACAGGAAGCCCGCGAAUUCUUCUUCCGGCUCAACUCGGCCUCGCCAAACAAUGCAAACGUCUCAGCGCCGCACGCCGUCCAACUCUUCUCUUGGCAAAGCUACUGGCCCUUCAAAUCUGCGGAGUCAGACUCACCAAAGCGCCCAAAAUGCUUACAGUGUUCCGGCCCAAUCCCAACCGCAGUCUCAAUUUCAGCCUCGAACUCAACCUCAACCUCAACCUCAGCCCCAAUCCCGGACUCAGCAUCCACCACAACUCCAGGUCCCGCCAAGAUCUCACACCCUCCAGACUAGUCCUCACGCCCAAUCUCUUCAUCCAUCACAUACAUCGUACCCGCAAUCCCAAGCGCCUGCGCCUCCUCAACCAAUCCUGCGUCUCCCUCCUCGCGUAGCAUCGCGUGACAAAAUCCCGAUGCCACUGUCGUUGCAACCAUCCUCCUCGUCCUCGUCCUCGUCUUCAUCCUUGCAGGCAGCACCAGCGGAAUAUACUUCUCCUCCCCGGCCGCCGCAAGCGCUCCGUCCGUCACAACCCUCCACUACGCGGGCGCCGCCAGCUUCGUCCGCCACCAACCCAACUUUCCACCUCCCACUCCGCUCCACCAGCAGCACCGACACAUGGACCACCAAGACGACCGUUGUCGAAAGCACGCGUCCUCUUCCCGGCGCAUUCCAUCCCCUCGGCGCUGGCGCGCGCACUCCUGGUAUUGGCGCCAACGGCCUCCUCUCUCCCAAUGGCGGCGUCCCUGCCACCCCAUACAGUCCAUAUAUGCCAUUUACGCCGCUCACGCCCGUGACACCACGACUCGUGACGCGCGCAGAGAGGAAGCAGCGGCAGCGCGAAGGCGGACGCAAAGUUGCAUUUGCAGAGGAUCAAGUCCGCGAUGAGCGAGAUAUUUGGUAGUCUGCACGAGAGAUGUGGAUAAUCAUUUGCGUUACUGCGUCGAUGUAUUUUCUUUCAUGUAUAUACAUAAUUCAGAUCUACGUUUCAUUACAGCAUAUCUGAUAUCCUGGAGUUUUAUCACGUUUAUCCCCCUUGGAUUUCUCUUUUCUUCUUUUUUCCUUUCUUUCUUUUCUUCAUUUCUUUUUUUCUUUUUUUAAUCCGUUUUUUGAUUUGUCUUUUUUUCUUUAUUUUUAUUUUAUUUUAUUUUAUUUUUUUUUUUUUUG